AUGCGCGUUCACGCAGCCCUUUGCGCGUCCCAGUCAUGUGACAACCCCUCAGCGCGCCUGCGCACAGAAACAGAAGAUGGCGGAGAGUGCGGAACUGAAGCGUCAGACAACAGCCAGCGGUUUCAGGAGACGUGUUUUGCCUUUGCGUUAACGCCGCAGCAAGUUCAACAGAUCAGCAGUUCAAUGGACAUCUCUGGGACCAAAUGUGACUUCUCAGUUCAAGUUCAGCUGCGGUUUUGCCUGUCGGAGACGAGCUGUCCUCAAGAAGACCAUUUUCCUCCCAAUCUGUGUGUGAAAGUCAACGGGAAGCCGUGCAACCUGCCGGGUUAUCUUCCUCCAACCAAAAAUGGUGUUGAGCCCAAGCGACCCAGCCGGCCCAUCAACAUUACCUCACUGGUCAGAUUGUCCACCACAGUCCCCAACACCAUAGUAGUAUCGUGGACGGCUGAGAUUGGAAGGAGUUACUCCAUGGCGGUUUACUUGGUGAAGCAGCAGUCAUCCACAGUGCUGCUACAGAGACUACGGGCAAAAGGCAUCAGAAACCCCGACCACUCCAGAGCGCUCAUCAAAGAGAAGCUAACGGCAGACCCCGACAGUGAAAUAGCCACAACGAGCCUGCGAGUGUCUCUGCUCUGCCCGCUGGGGAAGAUGCGACUGAUGAUCCCGUGCAGGGCGCUGACAUGCUCCCAUCUGCAGUGCUUCGACGCCACGCUUUACAUCCAGAUGAACGAGAAGAAGCCCACCUGGGUGUGUCCUGUCUGUGACAAGAAGGCCCCCUACGAGCACCUCAUCAUCGAUGGGCUUUUUGUGGAGAUCCUCAACAGCUGCAUGGAUUGUGAUGAGAUCCAGUUUAAAGAGGAUGGCAGCUGGGCCCCCAUGAGGUCUAAGAAGGAAGUGCAGGAAGUCUCUUCAGCAUCUUAUAACAACGGCCUGGAUGGAUCCUGUCGGACAUCUGAAGGCUCGGCUCAGAGGAGCUCCUCCUCCUCCUCCUGCCACGGCGACAGCAGCAAUGGCAAGAAAGUGGAAGUGAUCGACUUGACGCUAGACAGCUCCUCAGACGACGAAGGGCCGGAGUCUCCUGCUCCGCUGCAGCCUCCUCCGCAGCCUCCACCACUGCCGCCUCCCAUCAAAAGAGCGUGUCCCUCUUUGUCCCCAACCUCGCCUCCCAUCAUUAACAAAGGUGUAUUGAACCUGCACCACCAGGCCUCGCCUGUGAGCCACACCCCCAGCAUACCCGCGAUGGACACCAGCUACAUCCCUCCUGUCCCCCCACUCAUCCAGGACUACAGACCCUACUACCACACCCCCAAUGACCUGUCAGAGUUGAAUUUCUUCUCUUUUCUUCAAGGAGACAAUCAUCAGCAUUACAACAUGGUAAUGGCAGCAGCAGCAGCUGCCUCGACGUCAGAUGAGCAUGAGUUGCUUCUCAACCGCUUCUUGCCCUACAGCACCUCCUCCUCCGCCUCCCAGCUGUUCCUCGACCAGUCGGGAACCCCCUCGGCCACAUCGCUGACCGUGCCGACCAACGGAGUGAGCAACUCGGGCAGCAGCUUGGUGUCGUCCAGCGGCCUCCGUGACACUCAUCCCACCCACUUGUCUUCGCACGUGGUCUCACACUCCUCACACACACACCCUGGGGUGGUGGCCAGCAGGAGCAGCGCUGAAGCGGCGGUGGCAGCUAUUUACGGCGGGAUACCUGACGUCAUAUCGUUGGACUGACCCGAGGCGAGUCGAAGCUCUCUGGGCUCGGCUUAAACGCAGUAACAAACCCAAUCAUAGACAGACAGCAGGGUGAGGCUUUGAUCCAGAAACUAGACUGGCCCCAACUCGUCAAACUCCGCACGUUUGUGGAGGCGGAAUGAGAACGCCUCGAGAUGAGCACUAACUAAAUGAGUGGGUGACUUCGCUUUAAAAGGGACAGCUGUGGACGUUCUGCUGACCUCGGAUCAGACAAGUGUCCUGCCUGUGAAGUCCACGUGACUUCUUUACUCCUACCAACUCUGCACAAACAGCAAAGAUGCUACCUG